AUGGUGAUCGACGGUAACAGUGGACAAUACAAACGAUCACCUGCAAUCAUGUCAAUAGAUGUGGAGGGCGGUGAAAUGACACGGAUGAGCAGAGCAUCGUGGGCUCCAUCAGUACGUCUGAAACCGGGACAACCACUCACUGGUGACAUGCUCCCCAAUACGCUCAACACAUUGAUCGACCAAGGCGACUACAACUCUCCCAUCUCACCCGGGACACUCCCAUCCUCUCUCACAGUGUUGGAGAUCAGUUGUACAUUCAAUCAGCCUAUCGAGCCUGGUGUGCUACCUGCUUCACUCACUCGUCUUGAGUUUGGCAACGACUUUGAUCAACCCUUUGCAUCGGACACCCUACCGCAAUCACUGCUCAAGUUGGAGCUGGGAGCCUAUUACAAACAGAUCAUCCCUGCUGGCGUACUCCCCAACUCGUUGACCGAACUUGAUUUAAACUCAUGUCGAGCACCAACUAUAUUCAGUCCUGGAACUACUCCAUUGUCAUCAUCAUCAUUGAUCAAACUCUUUCUGCAACAUGAUCAUGAACUUAAGGACAUUACUCAUCUCAAUAAGAUAGUGGAUCUUUCCUUUGGAUAUGGAUUCAAUACUCUUCUGCCCCCAAACAGCCUCCCAGAGAGCCUCACCAGACUCCAGCUAGGUGAGUAUCGACAUCCUCUGCUACCGGGUGUACUUCCACGCUCCCUAGUCAUUUUGCACACUGGUGGAUACAACCUGCCAAUUGAGCGAGUGGACAUCCUACCGCCAAGUCUCAAGGAGUUGGAGUUUGGAUUCUUCUACAAUCAACAGUUGCUGCCAGGAAUCCUCCCCAACUCAAUCACCAAGUUGAUGUUCGGUUUUCGUUUCGAUCAGGUCAUCCUCUCAGGUUCCCUUCCGUCAAUGCUCACAGACUUGAAGUUUGACGAGGUUUACACCAAACCAAUAUCUCCAGGUGCACUCCCCGACUCGCUACACAGGCUAACAAUGAGCAAAUUCUUUGAUGAGCCAUUGUCCCCUGGAGUACUUCCUGGAUCGCUUCACACCUUGGAGUUUGGACUCAACUUUAAUCAACCAUUGAUCACUGGCGUACUUUCCCAAUCCAUCCAACGAUUGAAGUUUGGACGUAACUUUAAUCAAAUGAUCGAGCCCGGAAUACUACCUCCACACUUGAUCCGUUUGAAGUUUGGUCAGACUUUCAAUCAACCCAUACUCCCAGACACACUUCCUCAGUCACUGACAUCAUUAUCAUUCGGAUUGGAGUUCAUGCAAUGCCUCUCUGAAGUGGCCUUCCCACCCAAUCUCAAGUAUGUGGACAUUCGCGAGCAACAUGACUUCCUUGAGGGACUGCCUUGCGACACUGUCGAUUGUGUGAAGCUACAGGCAGACGAUUCGACCUACAUUCAGUAUGUCAUCGAGCAGAAUCAAACAAGGAAACAUUUAGUCAUGGUUUGCACAUUCGAUCAUGACAUUGAGCCAAUCAUCAAACAGACCUCCAUUCAGAGACUGGAUAUCAUAUUGUACGAUCAUGUCAAUAUUAAGGAGCGAUAUUAUAUCCGUCCCAUCGAUGAGCAACGCGAGCACGUCCUGGUUGUGCAUCCCGACCCAAUGCACAACAGUCCGUUUGGAACAAUGUAUUGGUUUAGCAAGGUUGAGGACCUUCCUUUGACCUUAGACUUUAUACCAAAGAAUAAACAAGACUAG